GUGAUUCUGACACUUGGCUUGAGAGACCUCACCCCGCUGCAGGGAAAGGAGAGGAGCGAGGAGGGCCGGGGCGAUGCCACCAGCCUUUCCCUGGCAGGCAGCGUGGCCUUGCAGAUGACAGUGCUCUUCUGGAAUCUCCUGCCGCCCAGCUUGACACUGUCAGUGGGACCUGGGGAAGCUGGGACAGGCUCCUGGCAGUGUGUUUGGGCAAUGCCCUUUCUGUCUGGCGCGGGACAUGUGCCAGUCCAAUACGAAAGGCAGAACUGAUGCCAUCAGUGGCACUCACAAUAGCACCUGACCCGAAAUAGCUUCCUAGAAAAAAAGAGAGGCUGAUUAGUUAGACAAGCCCGAAAGAGAGCAAGAUGUCCAGCUGACGAUUAACAGGUGUAGGUCUACGAGGAGGGGCUAUAAAACCCGUGGGUGAGCUCUGCAGCCAACCUCUGGGGAGAGGCAAUCGGCGUAGGCAGCACUCGAGACCCGUCUGUCCCUGCCAUCAGCGAACCAUGGGGCUCAGCGACCAGGAAUGGCAACAAGUCCUCACCAUCUGGGGGAAAGUGGAGGCCGACAUUGCUGGCCAUGGACACGAGGUUCUGAUGAGACUUUUCCGGGACCACCCUGAGACUCUGGAUCGCUUUGAAAAGUUCAAAGGCCUGAAGACCCCUGAUCAGAUGAAGGGCUCUGAAGAUCUGAAGAAGCACGGAGCUACCGUCCUUACCCAGCUUGGCAAAAUCCUGAAGCAGAAGGGUAAUCACGAGGCAGAGCUGAAGCCCCUGGCUCAAUCCCAUGCCACGAAGCACAAAAUCCCUGUCAAAUAUCUGGAGUUCAUUUCUGAAGUCAUUAUCAAGGUCAUUGCCGAAAAACACGCUGCAGACUUUGGGGCCGAUUCCCAGGCUGCGAUGAAGAAGGCUCUGGAGCUGUUCCGAAAUGACAUGGCCAGCAAGUACAAGGAGUUUGGUUUCCAGGGUUAGCAUGUACGCAGAGGGGCACCACGAUGGAGGCCUGGCCAUGCAUCUCAGAGGAGCUUCCCCAGCACUAUCCUGGACAUCUUCCAACUGGCCAUCCAUAACAUGUGGGAAUGCUUUGAUGAGAGGCCAAGAGUCACCUUAGGCAGCGCAGAGGCACUCAGAGUGAUGUCCACGAUAAAUUGUUGUCCUUUCCUUGCUUCAUGUAUGCAUGUAUGCAUGUAUGUUUUCUUAGGAAAAAUAAUA